ACACUUAUAAAAAGUACUGAACGAAUCACCGCCAAAGUUUGUAAUUCAUUUAAUCCUUAACUAUUACAAAUGUGAAUUUUUAUAGCUGAUGAUUAACAAUGAACAUAUAAAGGUUUAUUAUCAAUAUAAAGUAUGGUAAUUAUUCUAAUUAUGUAACGAUUACUUAUACAUCAAGUUAAGACAGGAUAGAUGUAUGCCCAUUUUGAUUUUAUGAAAUUUAUUGUUCAGGAAAAAUACGUUUAAAGAUGAAAAAGAGGACAGUGUGUGUUAUAUUUUGUCAUAUCAUGGUAUUGAUUCCGGGUGAAACAAUUGGAAGCUAUUUAUGUGAGGAGAUAAUGAGUUGUACAGAAACGGCCAGAAACUCAACCGGAAAUGCUAUAAACGACGCUCUUCAACAGUUCAUUUGGGAAACCGGAAAUGUCGAUUGGUUGAAGUUCAAUAUUACAAAGAAAGAGAAACACUUUAUAAAUUCGUUAAUUGGAACGCUACACCACCGAAGAAAGCGACAAGUUAAUACAACUGUACGUACAAGACGAGAGUACAGGAUGUUGUCUCAUACAGAAAGAUUUAAUUUUCAUUCAGCGAUCAAAAAUAUGAAAACGUCUGGUCAAUACGAUAUGUUAGCUAAUAUACAUCGCGGUAUUGUUGUGACGUCGGCACAUGGUGGAUCAAACUUUCCUGGUUGGCACAGGGUCUAUCUUUUAUUAUUUGAGGAGGCUUUGGUGCGUAUCAAUCCGACAUUAUCAAUUCCCUACUGGGAUUCUACCAUGGACUUUGACAUGGACAACCCGUCAAAUUCUAUUGUCUGGUCAGCUUCUUUCUUUGGCAACGGCGAUGGAUUUGUAACAUCAGGCCCUUUUGCGAAUUGGAUGACUCCUGUUGGUAGACUGACUCGUAAUAUUGGAGCUUCAGGUUCGUUGUUCUCUAAACAAUCUAUACGUUCUUUACUAAGUUUAUGUCGUACAAGGGAUAUAUUGGAUCCAACUGCACAACCGCAAUUUAAUUUAGAUUUAAUACAAGGCGGAAUACAUGUAUGGGUAGGUGGCCAGAUGUCAGGACUGAAUACUGCGGCUUAUGAUCCAGUAUUCCUUCUCCAUCAUGCAUUUGUAGAUUUAAUCUGGGAGUUGUUUCGAAGAAGACAGGAGCAGUAUUGUGGCGUUGAUCCGGCCUCCGAUUACCCUUCAUCGGUUGGAAUGCAUGCACCCGAAAGAAUGAUGACUGGUUUCACGACGUACAGGAAUAUUGACGGAUAUAGCAAUUUCUGGACAAGAUUUAUUUUUAGAUAUGCACCUUCACCUUCUUGUUCCACUGCACGAUCAUUUUGUGACAGUCUUUAUUUAAAUUGUGACACUUCACGUCAAAGAUGCAUAUCACUUUCCCGGACAAGACUUGGUGAAUCCGGCACAAAUUUUGCAUCAAUGCUGCGUGCACGUGCUGAAGAGUCUACUCUAAAUAUUGGCCCUCGUUUUAGAUCACCACCUUCGGAGAGAAGAACGCAAGAUUUUCAGAUGAGAAGACGCCGAUCUGGCUUUAACUUGAUAGGUACAUCAAGUAAUCCAAGAUCAAUUCAAUCGAUAAUGCGAGCUCAUGCGCAGGUAGCAAGUAUAAAUGUAGGUCCUCGUUUUGCAGCGCCUCCGUCGGAACCAAGGACACAAGAAGCACGAUUUGGUUUUCUGAGUAGACGAUUCUAAACGAAUUUUAUCGACGAACAUAUGUAGCUAUUCAUGUAUUUACAAAGUUGUUUUACGUGACAAAUGCUACAAAUUAACAUAAUGUCUAUCAUAAAUGUAUUUAAUCUUUUUAAGACGUAUGUCGUUUUAAAGAUACUAGAUUUAAGUUAAUCUCGCCUAAUUUCCCUUCUAAUCGUGAAAAUGCUUAAAAUUGUUACUAAGCACUUAAGACAGUUUCGCACAUCAUUCUUUUAUGUUUUGGGUUAAUUAAAUACAUAUACACAAGAUCACUAACCUGAAAAUCAGCAUGUAAGACUUUCCCAUUUUUAUAAGAUAUAAUAUAAUUUAGUCUACAUUACGUAUAACUUUUUAAUGCAGAGAAUAACUUGAAUCAAGGAUGAACAGAAUGCAAUUUAAACAUUAGAUUUUUAUUCAAAAUGUUUAUUUGACAAUGUAAAGUUUUAACUCGGCUGACAUCAAAUGAUGAUCCUGAAAUAAAUGAAAUUGUUUAUUACGAUUUAUCAUAUGCAAAGUUUAUGUGUACUAUUUCUUUAAGUCUAAUGCCUAAAUUAUUGAACUAACAGUGGCAAAAUAUUUCGGUGUUUUACUGAGCUAUAUAUCAAGGAUUACAACCUUUUAAUCAUGUCUUUCGAUAAAACAUUUAUUGCAAUCUUUGCUCCGACACAUGAGUCAAAUGCUAAGUAUUAAACUUUGUCUUACUGAAUUAAGACAGUCGUUAAUCUUACUAAUUAAAUCCAUAGUAACAAAUCUGACAAUGGUUUGGGCAUAUAUAUUAUUUCUGAA